UCUCAUAGGUCACUGUACGGACGGAAGAAAUAUACGUUCGCACACAAAUCGGCAGGGUGUAUGUCUGACAUCAGGGACAGCGGAUUUGUACUUAUUUAUAACAACAUUUAAUUCCGAUUUGAAAAACAAAUAAGAUGUUGGCUGGUAUAUUUAGAAGACCCAUCCUUACUGCUCACAAGAUGUCCUGGCUGCCUGCUGGUGCCUCAGCCUGGGUUUCUGAUGCCUCUUAUAGUUCCUGUCCCCUGUGGCCCUGCAGGGUCUCCUCGGCCAGGCUGCUCCCUAAAAUAAGUGAUGCUGUUGGUCUAUUGAGGACGCAGUACUUCCACAGCUCUGCUGCGAGGCUGAAGAAACGACAACAACCAGAGCCUCCACCCAGAGAGUUGGACCUGCUCCGUUAUGACAUGAGAGACCUGGGAAAGAGCCCCAAACCAGCGCUGUACCUGAGCCUCUCCAGCCUUAUCCCUUUCAUCGCUGCUCCGCUCGUCAUGGCUGUGACCGAGACCUACCUGCCAGAAGUGGCCUUCGCCCAGGUGGCCUAUGGAGCGUCUAUCUUGUCUUUCCUGGGCGGUGCGCGGUGGGGCUUUGCCAUCCCGGAGACUAGCCCGGCCAAGCCAGACUGGAUCAACCUGGCCAAUAGCGUGGUUCCAUCCCUGUUAGCCUGGCUGGCCAUGCUGUUCAGCGACACUAUUACCCCAGCAGCUAUGAUGGUCAUCAUGGGGCUAGGCAUCUCCCUACACUAUGACCUGUCUCUGCUGCCCACCUACCCCAGCUGGUUCAAAGCCCUGCGUUCUAUACUGUCGGUGGUGGCCUUCCUCUCACUGGUGGCCACACUGGUUCUCAAGGGAGUUUACCCGGAGAAUAUUAUAUUUUCAGAGCAAUGAAUUCAUGCUACAGAGUACAGACACAUUUGUAAUUGAACAUACUUUAAGUGUGAAUGGAAAGAUCUAUAAAAUGGUAAAUAGUGUUUGUGAUGGCAUAUGUUUGUUUGUUUUAUUUAUGGUACUUAAAAAUGGCUGACUGAAACUACAUGUGUAUCCUUUAGGCUCUGGUUCUGGCAAUACUGUAACAAGCAGGUGGUACGUUUCAGACAUCUGCUGUAUAUCCAUGUGGUGGUGUGUCAGUGUCAUGCAUUAUUAUUGCAGAUAAUAAAACAAUGGAAUGGCGGCGUGACCAGCCUCAGCCUACAAUGAA